ACCAACCCUCCAAUUCCCCUCAUAUCAUUCAAAGAACUCUUUCAUACUUCUCCGUUGGCACUCACCAUCACCAAUCAUGGCCGUUAAGAAAUCACGAUUCCUUGGUCGGCUAAGAAGGGCAAUUCAGAAGGUGAAGUUCUUGUUAUCCUUCAACACCAGUAGAUGGUUCUUGUCUUCUCUCCUGGGUUCCCCUGCGGGGCCUCGCCGGCUUAGCUUGAAGGGCCAGCCGGGACUUCUGGACUGCGCCGAGGAUUACUACGAAGUCGGCUCUUCUUUCGGUCUCUCGAGAACGACGAGCUCAGCCUCAGGGGUGUCGAGGACUACCAGCUCGGCUUCGGAGAUCUCGAGGACUCUAAGUGAUGCAUCGACAGGCGAUGAUAUUGAUAAGAGGGCGGAGAUCUUUAUCGCUAAUUUCUAUCGGCACAUCCAGAUGGAGAGGCAAGUUUCGCUGGAGCUGCGGUACUGCAAAGAGAGAAGAAGCUUGGAGAGGACCAGAGAGAAGAAGGAAAAGGAAGACGAAUGAUCGACGUAGAGCAGAGGAAGACAGCGGAAGAGAACAAACAUAACAGAGAAAGGGUACCCUCUUCGAGAGGUAAACCUCAGAAGGGCCUUCAAAGAAGAGAUGGGUCUCUUCCUUCUUUUGAAGAGGAAUUUAGAGGAGCCUCCCCUCUUCUCCUUUAUCAAGAGAUUUUGAAUGAUUUCAACGAUCUGGAGAAAAAAUCUCUUUCAAAAGCCUGGUGAUUUAGCAGGCCAUACCUGUCAGCAGGAAGUAAAAAAAAAAGUGAAAAAUCUCUUUUGCAGAAAAAGAGGGCUCUGAGGUGUGGAGCUUUGUAGAGAUGGAUGAAUAUAAGCAUGCUGAGGAGGUGCAGUACUGUGGCCGAGGUCCUUCUCAAUCUCGUUGUCCUUUGAAAUAUUCGAUGAGCUGCAAGCAAGAUAGCGUCUAUUUCCCUCAUUUGUCCGUGUCGCUGGCAACAGCCCCCGUUUUAUAUUUUACUACAUGCCAGGCCACCUUUCGAUGUUUUUCUGGGAGAAAAACUAUUUGCCCCCCAUGGACUGGCAGGUGAUUCAUACGAAGGAAUUGUUUCAACCAUGUCAUCUGAUUCAAGAGGAAAGUGUUUAGUUUGCGAUCGAAAUCAAAAUCGAAGUUAAAAUAAAAAUUUAAAUUUAUAAAGAAGAGUAGAGAUUGAGUUC